CUGCUCUGAUCCGAGGCUACGCCACUUCGACAUCCACUCACCGGCCUGCGGGACGCGUCGCUCUCUCCGGUCGGGAUGGAGACAGACCCAUCCCAACGGCGGAACGGGUUCGUGGGCACGCUGUACGGGGAGUUCACGGACACGCUCAACGACAGGCUCCGGUACUCGGUGAGCCUGAAGGAGAGCAGCCUGACCAUCCAGAGGAUCUCCUCAUCGCCCGGCCGGACUAAGGUGGUUUUCAACUUGAGCGACUGUGUUGGCUGUCGGGCGUACAGAGGGCCGGACAGCGCGGACGUCGGAGCCUACUUCACCGCCUAUUUCUAUCCGUUCAAGAGGCGGUGGAUGAGCGCCGGAGUGGCCCGGCAGAGAGUGGAGCAGUGCUUUCGGGUGGCGCUGGUCCAGGACCCGCUGGUCAACCUGCAGGAGGCUGAGCGGUGGGCUCAUGCCAUCAGAGAUGCUGCAGGACAGCAGGCGCCCAGGAGAGACGGUGUGACAUACAUGGAGGUCCGUCGGCCUCGGCGAGUCAUGAUACUCGUGAACCCUCACAGUGGACGUGGCCAGGCUCUGCAGCUCUUCACUGCCCACAUAGAGGGCAUGCUCACCGAGGCCGCUGUUCCCUACAGUCUCAUCAUCACAGAGCACCAGAACCAUGCACGGGAGCUGGUGAGGAAGGCAGACUUGUCACAGUGGGAUGCCCUGGUUAUUAUGUCUGGAGACGGGCUGCUGUUUGAGGUGAUAAAUGGUCUAAUGGAGCGAGAGGACUGGCAAGAGGCCAUCCAGACUCCUCUCGGAAUUCUACCUGGUGGCUCAGGCAAUGCCUUGGCCGCCUCCGUCCACCACUACUCACAGUCACCCCCAGCCUGGAAUGAAGAACUGCUCUUGAGCUGUGGCUUCAUGUUGUGCAAAGGUCUUGUCGGCUCUUUGGACCUGGUGUCGAUCCACUUGUCCUCUCAGCAGCGCCUCUUCUCCUUCCUCUCCCUGGCCUGGGGCUUUGUGGCAGAUGUCGACAUUGAGAGUGAGAAGUACCGCCAUGUUGGCGCCAUCCGCUUUCUGAUGGGCACCCUGGUGCGCCUGUACUCCCUCAAAGUCUAUCAGGGCAAAUUAGCAUAUCUAGCCGUUAAGGAGACACCAAAACCUCAGAAAGGCACCAUAACAGCUAGCCACCCUCCCUCCACACCUCAGCACCCUUCACUCUGCUCCUCCCUUCCCUGUCAGCUUAUCCCCACGUCCCCAAAUCAGAAUCAUCAUCGCAAUCACAGCACCACAAACUCCAACCCCAUCACCAGUGUUAUCACUACCAAAGGAACUGAGACGCAAGGUGAUGCCAAGACCAAGACACUGGUGGAUUCUCUUCUCCCUGGCCUGGACCAGCCAGUACCAGAGAGCUGGACAGUGGUCAAGGAGGAGGACUUUGUGUUGGUGCUGGCCAUUUACCAGUCCCACCUUGCUGAGGACCUGUGGACGGCUCCUGGUGCGAUGGCAGAUGACGGGUUCAUUCAUCUGUUUUACGUGACAGCCGGAAUUUCCCGGCCCGCCCUGCUACGCCUUUUCCUUGCCAUGGAGAAGGGCUCCCACUUAGCGUGUGGCUGCCCUCACCUCGUGUACAAGAAGGUGAAGGCCCUGCGGCUCGAGCCAAUCUCUCCACAAGGCGUGAUCUCUGUGGACGGGGAGAUGGUGGAAUACGGGCCUGUUCAAGCACAAAUUCACCCAGGGCUGGCCAGACUCAUAUAUGGCUGAAUCUGGAUUAUCUUAAUCCGUGUCUGGUUGUAGAGCUUUGUAGUUUGGCCUUUUUAUACUCUAGUCUUGUUUCCUUUAUGUGUGUCGUGUUUCCAGAAGUGCCAAAGACAUUUUAUCAGCCUGGACAUUCUUCUAUUUUUCUAUAGAAACGACAUCUUGUGCUCUCGAUGUCUGAUUCAGGGUCAAAGCCAUGGUCGGUUGUUCUCGCUGCUGGCUGGCACCAGCUUAGAGAACAAAGAGGGGAGUUUUGUGUGUAUACGCAUUAGAAAGAAAUAUCAAUGUGUAUAUAUGUGUGUGUGUGUGUUUGUGGAGAUGGAUCAGAGCUAUCAGAGGUGUCAUGCUGUUGCCGGACCAUAUAAGCAUGACAUGUAAAAAGAAGCACAAUUUUCCAUACAUCAGGCCGCCAAUCUCCCUGCUGGGUAACCGCACUUAUAACAUCACCUCCCCCUCGGUUUGGAGGUAUUGACAUAUCUGUAAUCUUGGCAUAGCUUUUUUUUUUCUAAAAUCUCCUAAUGCAAUGUCAGAUCUAUUAAAGUACUGAGCUUGA